CAUCCUCCGGCUGCAGAGAAGCCCGCCCACCCAGGGCCUCCGACCCCACCCCCUGCCUUGAGAUUUAAAGGAGGCCAGAUCGGUGCGGGGGGACUGGAGCCGAGGUCCUGCAGAGCCCAGGGCUGGAGAGAAAGCCUUUCGGAGGAAGGAGGGAAAGAAAGAAGACGACAGCAGCGGUGGAGAAUUUCACAGACACGCUGAGGACAUGAUGAACGCCACGAGGAGGGGGCUCUUGUGUGUGCUGCUGCUCUGGGGAGCCGUCUUCGCCUCGCCGAGCCAGGAAUCCCACAGGCGGCCCAGGAGAGGAAGCAGAUCCAGAGUGACCUGCAGAGAUGAGAAAACACAGAUGGUAUACCAGCAACACGAGUCGUGGCUGCGGCCCCUGCUCAGGGGCAACCGGGUGGAGCACUGCUGGUGUAACGGGGGCCAGCCCCAGUGCCACUCGGUGCCCGUCAGAAGCUGCAGUGAACCAAGGUGCUUCAAUGGGGGAACGUGUCGUCAGGCCCUCUAUUCCUCAGAGUUCGUCUGCCAGUGCCCUGAAGGGUUUGUUGGGAAGCGCUGUGAAAUCGAUGCCAGUGCCACGUGCUACAAGGACAAGGGUGUCACCUACAGGGGCACGUGGAGCACAGUGGAAAGUGGGGCCGAGUGUGCCAACUGGAACAGCAGCGGGCUGGCCUCGAAGCCCUACAGCGGACGGAGGCCGGACGCCAUCAAGCUGGGCCUGGGAAAUCACAACUACUGCAGAAACCCGGACCAAGACUCAAAGCCCUGGUGCUACGUCUUCAAGGCAGGGAAAUACAUCUCUGAGUUCUGCAGCACGCCCGCCUGCUCCAAGAAGGACGAUGGGGACUGCUACUUUGGAAAAGGGUUGGCGUACCGCGGUACCCGCAGCCUCACCACGUCCGGGGCCUCCUGCCUGCCGUGGAAUUCCAUGAUCCUGAUAGGGAAGGUUUACACGGCGUGGAAGACCAACGCGCAGGCUCUGGGCCUGGGCAAACACAAUCACUGCCGGAAUCCAGACGGGGACACCAAGCCCUGGUGCCAUGUGCUGAAGGACCGCCAGCUGACGUGGGAGUACUGCGACCUGCCCCAGUGCGACACCUGUGGUCUGAGACAGUACAGGCAGCCCCAGUUCCGCAUCAAAGGAGGCCUCUUUGCCGACAUCACCUCCCACCCGUGGCAGGCCGCCAUCUUCGCCAAGCACAGGAGGUCUCCAGGAGAGAGGUUUCUGUGUGGGGGCAUCCUGAUCAGCUCCUGCUGGGUGCUGUCCGCCGCCCACUGCUUCCAGGAGAGGUUCCCUCCCCACCAUCUCAAGGUGGUCUUGGGCAGAACGUACCGGCUGGUCCCUGGAGAGGAGGAGCAGGUGUUUGAAGUAGAAAAAUACAUCGUCCACAAGGAAUUUGAUGACGACAUUUACGACAAUGACAUUGCGCUGCUGCAGCUGAAAUCGGACUCGCUGUCCUGCGCCCAGGAGAGCGACUCCGUCCGCACCGUCUGCCUCCCGGACGCCGACCUGCAGCUGCCCGACUGGACCGAGUGCGAGCUGUCGGGCUACGGCAAGCACGAGGCCUCUUCUCCUUUCUAUUCUGAGCGGCUGAAGGAGGCUCAUGUCAGGCUGUACCCAUCCAGGCGCUGCACAUCACAGUAUUUGUUUAACAGAACCGUCACCAACAACAUGCUAUGUGCUGGAGACACUCGAAGUGGCGGGAACCAAGACAACCUGCAUGACGCCUGCCAGGGCGACUCCGGCGGCCCCCUGGUGUGUAUGAAGGACAACCACAUGACCUUGGUCGGCAUCAUCAGCUGGGGCCUCGGCUGUGGGCAGAAGGACGUUCCAGGCGUGUACACCAAGGUUACUAAUUACCUGGACUGGAUCCGAGACAACACGCGUCCAUGACCAGGAGCCCCCGGGUUCCCUGAAGCACGAGACCCUGCUUCCCCCAGCAACGAAGUCGCACCAAGGCUGCUGCUUCGUCACACGGAUUUCUCCAGCAGCCAGCACACCGCCCGCGUGGGGGAGGGGGAGGGUGGAUUUUCACAGGUUCUUCCCACUUGGAAGUUUUCAGGGCUCAGGUCUCAAAUGUACUUGGUCAGAUGGGAAGACGGUGCCAACCCCUCCGGGGUACCACCAUCCAGGGCCAAGCCCACCUCCUCCUCCGUCAACGUGAGCUGCUUUGGGAAGGGGACCGCACAGAUGGAACCACGUCUCCGCAAAGAUAACUAGAUCUUUUCAGGGAAAAAAGGGCUGCAUUAGGAAUAGAAGGUCUAUUUAUGGUCACCAGGGAGCCCAGCAGGGACCUCCUAAUAAGGGCUGGGCUGGCUGGCCAGAUCAUGCUUCUUAAAUCUAGUCUCUAAAUCAAAUGUCGGGCUUUCCCUCGCUCCAGCUCCAGCUCUUGGAAGGAAAUCCGGUUGUGUACAGUGUAGUUCUUUUGUUUCUUUUCAUAAGCCUCUUAAUAGAACAGGAGAUGUGUAUCAUUUUAAUAACUGAUAAAGUAGGCCCUACAUCAAUCCAUCUUUGUUUUUCCUGUUGCCACAACCUGUGUGAUACUGUACUGGGAUAAUAAAUUCGGAUAUAUUUUUCACAUAUUUUCCCAAA